UGACUUGCGAGCUGCCGCGCAGUGUGGACGUAUGCGCGCGCCAUUUUUGCCUUUCGAGCGCAACUGCCGAACUCAUGGAUUGUGCAUUCGGAUUUGAUUUUUUCUGACAGUGACAGGAGUGUUGCCAGUGUUUAUGGGAUGGUUUUGUUUUAUUUUUAAUUUAUAUAGAAAUACUUUUUGAAAAUUGAUUAUAUUUGUGUGUUUUGUGACAUUUGGAUUGCGUUUUGGACUUGAACGGCACAGUGCAGUGUGUGUGUGUCCAGCGGGCCGCGGCGCGACGCGCGCCACCCGAUGUGUUCAAACGUAACUCUGCCUUCCAAAUUAUUCAUACACAAACUCACGUGCUGGUAUGGCGCGUUAUAAGUGAUCGCGCCGGCUGCAUGAAACGACAGCUGUUACUGAGAUAGCGGCGUGUGCGGUGGUGGUGAGCGGCGCUGCCUCUAUGACGUAUCGACGCAGGUUCGACAUACACCGGGACGUCGCCAGGUGAACUCGCAGCAUUGUUACCUAUCUUACACUAGCUAACAUCCUUUUCUUAAAGCUAAUACUGUCGCUGCUGAAGAGAAGUGGAUUGCGCGGAGUGAGGUAACCUGGCCGAAGGGAACCACCAACCGACCAAACCAUAAUGUGUUCCAACGAAACUAACUACCUAUUCACGUAAUUUAUACAACGAAUGAUGUACGUUCCGUCCAAAACGCUGCCAAACAUAUUGAACGAAUUUAUAGUUAUAUUAAGAAUAGUGUGUGUAGUGUAGGCGCGUGUGCUUGUGAGUGUUGUGGACGUUAGAGAGACAACGUGGCGGGGACACAUGCGCCGUCGGGACCGGCGCUGGCGAUGCCCUUUAUUGAAGACGAGUGGUGGUCCGCCGAGAAUGAGGGCAGGAUGGUCGACCUCUCCAAUUGCCUUCAGUUUCAGGACGCGGUAGUCGCAGCUGGCGGACAAGCCGCCGCCCAACUCCAGCAAAUGGCUUCCUCCCUCGGCGAGCUGUCCCAAUCCGAGCUGUCAAACAUCGUGGGCGGGCUGACGCUCGAGGCAGACGGCUCCGAGGCAGCAGACCCCGACGACAUCCUCAAACAACUCGGCGAGACCGCGUUUGAUAACUUCGACACGUUUUUUACGGAUUUAACGAACGCCACCGCGUCGGCGGUACAGCCGGUUGAAAUAAAGCAAGAAGAAAAUAACAACAUAUCAUCGCCAGCGUCAAGUAGUCAACACCAGGGCUACUACCCUCAGAGUCAAUUAUCACUGCCAAAUAAUGGCCAACAGCGGCUUCAACAGCUGCUCAGAUCAGGCACGAAUGCCAUCAACAAUGUUGUCAAUAAUAACAUAAACAAUGGCCGGUAUAACAUCGCCUCGGCGAAUCCGUUACUUGCUGAGAAAUUAUCAGCGACACCUAGCGGAAUAAAGCAAGAACCGAUUAGUACGGAUUACAGUGGAACGAGUAUGAACUAUGGCAGCGCGUCACCGAUGCAGCGGGUGCCGAGUGGGAAGCCGCAGGUGCAUGAUGCUGGUGGAGGUACGUUCCAUUAUUUGAUGGCAGUCAACAGAAGCAUGCGCUUGAACAACGAGCCUGCCGUGCUGCCGCUGAACGCGCGCGCCCUCCUCAACGGGCUCCUCACGCCCUCCUCAGUGAGGCAUCAUUCUCUCUACUCCGUGCCCAACACAGGCUCCCUCCCGCCAUCGCCGGCAGACAGCGGCGUGUCGGAUGUGGAAUCGUCGUCGUCGGGCGCCGGCUCCGCGGAGGAGCUGAAGGCUCGGCUGCAGCCGCCGCCACCCACGCCCUUCCACACGCCCUUCCUGCCCUUCUACCCCAACCACCACAUCGCCAGUACGCUGCAGCACCACGCCGCUGCGCAUCCCAGACCACCUGUGGGCGCAGUGAGCGAACGCGACGCGUAUGGCUACGGGUAUGGCGGCGGAGGGGGCGGCACCCACCACUUCGCGGCACCGGCGCCUCCGCCCCUGCCCCACGACGACCUCCCCUACUCCGUGUUCGACUUCGGCGACUACCAGCGACACCACCAUCACAACAAGCUGAAGCCGAAGAAAAGGCCACGGACGGACGCCCCUCCCACGCCCGGCGUGAAGCGCAAGAGCCGCGAGGGAUCCACCACAUACCUGUGGGAGUUCCUGCUGAAGCUGUUGCAGGACAGGGAGUACUGCCCGCGCUUCAUCAAGUGGACGAACCGCGAGAAGGGCGUGUUCAAGCUGGUGGACUCGAAGGCGGUGUCGCGGCUGUGGGGCCUGCACAAGAACAAGCCCGACAUGAACUACGAGACGAUGGGCCGCGCGCUGCGUUACUACUACCAGCGCGGCAUCCUCGCCAAGGUGGACGGCCAGCGGCUCGUCUACCAGUUCGUCGACGUGCCCAAAGACAUCGUGGAGAUCGACUGCUCGCUGGCGUAGACGCCCUGGCCGCGGCGCGGCGCCCGCCAACGCCCCUCGAAUCUCCAGUGCUGGACUGAGACUGUGGUGUCUGUCAUACGUAACCGGUAGAGUGACGUGGUCGUUCCGCUCUCACGACGUUCUACGUCUAUACAAGUGUAAGGUUCAUCUAUUUUCCAAUCAUCAUGCAUUACGUUUCCCGGGACGCUUCCACUCGACGCAACCGAUACUACCAACCACCAUCGUAGUACACCCACGUAUGUGUGUCAGUGUGUAUAAACAUCACUCCAAACAACUAACGUUGACUUAUCAUUGAAUUUAAUAUUUAUACAAAAGAUUAUAAUAGGAGAGACGAAAUUGAUUGCUCAAAUGUUUAUAUAAGGACGUAUUUUUAGGCGUAUUUCGGAAGAGAAACACUAAAUUUGCUAGAUGUUAUACGGGAUGAGGUGUGAACUAAGAAACAAACAAAACUAACAAACGUGUUUUUGUAAUUUGUAACGUUGAAACGAGUGUCGAAGGAUCGUAUUCGUUUGAAUGGUGUCGCUCGACUUGACUGCGUUCGCGCCCGCCGUGGCUCGCCGCCGCUCGGCGUCACCCGGCGUCACUCGUCAUCACUCGUCGCUGCUCGGGCCGCUCGACGGCGCACGGCGUGCGCGGGCAAACUGCGAACACAACUUCCUACCUCAACUACGCGAACAUACAAAUAUUUCAUAUGUUUAUACAUACUUAUUAUUCGAACAGUUUAUACAAUAUGCAAUAAUAUUAUAAUAUUAAUAGACGAAUAAGAGUUUAUUAUAAAGAAAUAUUUACUUGAAAUUGUUUAUAUAUGAAAAAGUAUAUGACGAUAUUUUAUAUUCCUCGGCGGAUGACUAGUUAGGUGCUUGUUAUGGCCAUUCAUCUUCCAGGUUCCAACUUGUUACAAACGGAGACACCUCACGCUGUUGAGCACAUGCUAAAAUAUUAUUAUAUAAUAUAUCUCAUUACAUAUGUAUAUGUAUAUUGUAUGUUAUAGGAGGGAAUACGUUUCUUUGUUGUCUCAUAGUCUAUCGCGUCGUAUGUUUUCUGAUAUCAUUGUCUAAACCGAAUUUUCUAUUGAUAUUAGUGGAAUGUUGUAUUCUGCUCGUGAACUGAUGUCUACUGCCAAUCCUCUGUUAUGCUACCGACUUUGUCGUAUAGUUUAAGGGAUGAUUUUUCUUUUGUGAAUUAAUUGUGUUAAUUAUAAGUGAAAUGUUUAUUGUAAGCGAAAUGUUUUAAGUGAACACGUUCUAGUUUAUUACGUUUAUUUAAAUUUAUCAUUAGCAUGUUGGUGGGGGGUCGCGCGCGGCCGGCCCCGCUCCCCCGGCCCCGGCCGGCCCUGCGCCGCCCGGGACUCGACUCUCGACAUAUCACUCGGGAACCCCCGCGCCCACGCGCACAGCCGCACAGAAUCAUUGUUGUUCUGCCACAAACGCGCGCGACCCCCAUAUUUUUUGUUACCUGAAUAAAUAUUAUUAAUAAUUAAUUACAAUUUGUGGUCCAAUAUUAAUGAAUCAUAAAUAGAUAGUGUAUAGAGCCGUCGUGUUAGAUGUAGCCUAGUUUCUCAUCGACAUUUCUACAAAUAUUCAUACGCAAAGACAAACGAAUCCUCUACACACACCUCCAGUAAACGAGUUUUGUACAAUAAUGUAGUGAAGGUACGUACGGUUAGUAGACGGAGGAGAGCUAGGUUGUCGGCGCGUGUCCGGCGAGACAAAACUGUGCAGUCCAUUCGCGUUCGCACCGCAGCGCAGGUUCAAACCGUACGCAAUUAUAUUUUUAAUAGAAAAUAAAGAAAUUAAAUUAUAUCAUAUUGAUUAUUUAGUGUGUAAGUAAGAUGUAUAACAGAACGGAACGUUCAAUGGACUGCGUGUUUUGUGAUGAAUCGUAAAGGGUUAGUGAAGCCUUAGGUGAAAUACUGUCGCGUAAUAUGGGUGCUAAGUGAGGGACCGAUGGGCUGGGAACACGUUGCAGGCGCACUGCACGGUGCACUCCGAGCCGCGUGCAAUGCACAGCAAUGCACAGUGCACACACAACCAGUGAAUGAUACGUUCAACUAGUAAAGAUCUCAGUGUCCAAAUUUCUUCGAACAAAACCAGUGCCCGUCUCAUGUGAUUAAAACUAAUAUAUAUUAUUAAAAAGUGGAAAUUUUAAUCGUAUUUUUAUAAUAUAGCUAGUUGGAAUUGUCAAGUUUCAUUUCGGCACUAUCUUUUAUGCUUUUGUAAAUAUAAUAUAGCUUCGUAACUUAUUUAUUUCGUGUGUGGCGCGGGCGUCGCGGCGAGCGGUCCGCGGACCGGCCGGACGCGCGCCCACGUUUGUUUCCUUUUUAGGGAAUUUCGUUCUAUAGUUUUAAUAAAUUUUAUUGUAAUAUAUCUUUAUUAAUAAAUGUAAUAUUUAGUAGGCAAUGAAAGGACCACGGAAGGUGUGGAAACGCUCUCAGAAUCGACAAAUGUUGACGGUGUGUGAUGUCGUAAGCUGUAACGCUGGACGAGACGCUAGUUACCGGUUAUUAAGAGAAAUGUUUGAGCAAGCAUUUAAAACAAUGCUCGUGUGUUUAAAAAUAUAAUUUUAGUCGAAUUGAUGUUGUUGAAAAAAAAAUCAAAAGUUUCUAAUUAAAUAAUGUACUUAAAUUUUCAAUGUAAAUUUUAACGGCACGUCGAGAAUAUUAUUGUUAAAUUGAAAUUAUUUUAAAAUUGAACCUAGUCUUAGUAUCAUAAUUUUGAUUUUUAAAAUGAUAUUUAAAAUUCGGGCGCCAUAUUGGCAUUAGGCGUCAUCGUGGUGGCCGGCGACGACGCGCGCGUGCGUCGCUCGGCCCUGAUGCAUGUGGCAUGCUGCACAUCGACAAAUGUAAAUACAAUGGUAAAUUAUAAUCGAAGCGCACACCCUCACGACCCGACUGCGAACACGUCAUCGGAGUCGGUAGAUAGGUGAAAUAUGAAAUUUUUAUGCAAGGAAGCAAUGAGAAGGUUAGUGAAUUUGGUAUUAGAGGAGGGAAGGCGCGCGGCCGUCGCAUCUCGUGCGGUAACGCGCCAUGAGAACAUGUUUUGUCGUUUAAUAUUUCAAUGUAAGUCUUCUUGUUCGUCAAUAAAUUUUAAUGUCCAAUAUUUGAAUACGUAAUUCAUUCCGGAUGGGUGGUGUUAACAAUAAAAUGUUUAAUUGUGUUUUUUAAUUAUAGUUUCUGUCGUUUGAUUGUAGAUGUCGCUUUCAUUUUGUUCGCUUCAUAUAAAAUUGACCGUUCUGAGAGAGUGCGGUACACUGAAUACUUUUCUUGCGUUAUAAUUGCUUCUAGUUUUAUGCAGUUAAAGUCCGAUAUUUUAAUUGUAAUGUUUAGUUGUUUAAUUUUACAAAAUAAUGUAUUUUCUGCCCCCUAGUUAAGUUAUUUUUCUAUGUAUAGUUAGUUGUAAGUGUAAAUGAGUUAGCACAUAAAUUUGAUGCAUGAUGAUAAUGUUAAUAAAAUAUCCACAAUAAAAUACAAA